AUGGGGAAUGCAUUGAAGAAGCUGCCGGGGUUUCAUAAUUGGAUCAUAGAGAAGGAAGAUCGAUCCUACGUUGAAGCUUUGGAAAACGAGAAGCAAACCAAAAUUUACAUUGUUGGGGGAUUGGUGGAUCGUAAUCGGUGGAAAGGGAUCACCAUGAAGAAAGCAGAGGAGCAGGGUAUCCAAACGGCCAAACUCCCCAUAGCCAACUACUUGAACAUGUCCUCUUCCCAACUAUUAUCUGUGCUAACUGUGAAUCAAGUGACUGAGAUACUGCUAAAGUAUAUGGAAACAAAGGAUUGGAAGGAGGCUUUCUUCCAAGUGAUUCCUCAAAGAAAAAGGGGAUGCCCGGCUGAUUCAGAUCAGCGAUCUAAACAAGCGAAUGAUGUUAGAAAAUGA